GCUGAACUAUCACUUUUUCUUGAAAAUAUUGAAAAUAACCUCUUAAUAUGGCAUGAAAGUGUUAUUGACCCUGCUCAAAAUGAUAGUAUUUUAGAAUAUAACUUAAACAAAUUGGUUACAGAAAAAUGUUAUCCUUUAGUAGAACAUGAAAAUAACCUCAUGAUAUGGUAUAAAGAUGUUAUCAACUCUAUUCAAAAUAGUAAAUUGGUUAUGGAAAGUUUUUUUGUUGAAAAUUCUACAGAAUAUAAUCAUUUAGUAGAACAAGACAAUAGCCUCAUGAUAGAAUAUGAAAGUGCUCAGAAUGGUAAUACGAUAGGGAAUGAUAGAAUUUAUACAAAAGAACAGGUUGACAGCCAAAGUUCUGAUAUAGAAUAUUCUCAAGAAAGUAUAGGAUUAGAAAAUGCUGCUUAUAUUAGUGUUGGUAAUAUCUUUUUUCGUGGGAAAUAG